AUGUCUUCAGGGCCCGAAGGAAGUCCCUCCAGCGCCGCGCGAAGAGGUCGACCACGACGCCAGUACAAGUGCGCGCACUGCUCGAAAGCCUUCAAGCGCAGCGAGCACUGCAUUCGUCACGAGAGAACCCAUACGCACGAGAAGCCUUACGUGUGUCGAUACUGUCACAAGUCAUACGCGAGGAAGGACCUUGUUACGAGACACGAGCGCACUCUGCAUGCGAAGGAGCAAGCAAAAGAAAAGAUUGGAGAUGUGGUGACAGUAGCAUGCGCGCCACUGGCGCAAGCAACAGUGUUCUCUCCGUCGAAAGGCGAUGACUACAUGAACAUAGACCAAGAGGAAGACGAAAGAUCCGGCCAGGAAUCUCCAGACUCACAGUCGCCAGACGAUGGCGUCGCUUCUUCCACAACAUCACCAUGUUCCAGUCAACGGCGCCGAGCCAACUCACGACGGAAGUCAUACUCUCGGCAAGCAGCCGAUCCCGACAUCGAACUUGAACGAAUGUUGAUGUCGUUUCAGCCAUUAACUGACCAAUCCUUCGAGACGCGCAGGGAUCCAAGUACUCUUAACCGAGCCACCGAAAGUCGUCCCGCAGACAUUUUCCAGCAUGAUGCUCAACAGGAAGGAAACUUGCUGCAGCUUCAGUACUUCCACGACGUCGAUCCAGUUGAAGAGUUGCCACCGCUAGACCCAGCGUUAUUCAUGAACAUGGAUCUUCCCUUUGAAAGUAUUGCCAUGGAGAUGCCAAGUGAAUAUCCAGCAGAAAACGGGCUUGAGACUGGCGCUUUACGAGAACAACCCCCUCGUCAACCACAAAAUCCACCGGAGAAGAGCGGUGCUGCUGAUCCAUCCACGGAAAACGACGAGCUAUUUUCACCGAGAACACUGGCCCAUCUCGGCAUGGGCGCAUUUGACCUCUCGCCCAUACCAGGUGACACCGCGGAGCAGAGAGAUGAUCGAAGACGAAUUCCACGCCAUCCCAAUACUGAAGACCCUUCAAGCGGAGCCCCCCCUGGAUGGGCUAGCUGCCAAAUACCCUCGGCUAGCAGCGAUCUCCCUUCUCUACUCGAAGACGGGCGUCAACAAUAUCCGACCGUGACCUUUGACGAAGAGACGUGUGCGUAUCUUCGCAAAGACAUGUCUUCGCGGCUGAGAAUAGCAGCUGGAGACUUCCAACUGCCCACUGCCAAAACGUUGCAGGGCUUCCUAUCUGCUUACAUGACGAGUUUUCAUAGCCACUUUCCGAUCAUUCAUAUGCAAACUUUUGAUUUGGCACACACUCCGGGCCCCUUGGUGCUUUCCAUCUGUUCCAUCGGCGCUCUCUAUCGCCUAGACCGACGUCGGGCGCGUCAUCUUUAUGACUUGUCAAUCCGCAGUGUGGAACAGGUGCCUCAACCAACCAAGGACGAUUCCAAAUCCAUGGUAAAGGACUACUUCCUUUGGUUUGUGCAAGCGAAAAUUCUUCUUAGCUUUUACGCAGUCAUGAGCGGGGAGAAGGAUCUCGUUGACGCAACGAUGAAGGACAAUGGCUUCUACACCUUGGUUUAUAACAAAGCUCGAACUGCGGUAGAAAACACUGAAACAGAACCAUCCGAGAUGACGUGGCACACGUGGAUAGAGCUAGAGUCGUGGAAGCGCGCGCUGGGGGGCAUCUUCAUAGAGAGUACCCUCACUAUGGUGAUCUACGACGUCAAUCCUGGAUUUCAUGCGACCCAAGAUCUGGAUAUCGAAGCGUAUCAAGAUGAAAAGAUGUGGAACGCGAGGUCACCUGCAGAGUGGCGAGAGCUUCGGACAGCUGCCUCGAAAAGCUCGCCAUACAGUCGACGACACACAAUCAAAGAUGUACUUGUUGACAUUCUACUUGAAGGAAGGUAUCAUGCCGACACGGUACCGUACCGCGUGUCGACCUUUACUGCCCUCGUCUUGACCCAUGCGGUCGUCGUUCACAUGUGGCAGAGAUUACAAGUCUGCCAGGCCCUCGCUUCAACAUGUCCGAUUGCAAGGAAUGAUAUUGGUGAUGAACAAGACCCUCUGAGAGCUUCGCUCCUCAACGGUGCUAUGCAGUCGUUGGCUCGGUGCGAUGCUUUUCUCCAAGGCGUCAGGAGCGAGUUACGACAACCACGUCCAGAAGAAGACGAGAAGGACAAAGAAAUCUCGCUUGUAUUCAACUGCCAGGCAGUCUUGCGCAUAGCCUACACAAAGCUGUCGAAAAUAUCCACCACUCCCUGUCGAAUCAGCUUGUUGAGCCUUGAGGAUAGGGACGUAGGGUCAUGCGUGUCAUCAUUCAUUAUGGGCAGGAUGGAACGAAGCUCCCACAUUCUCAAGAUGGUUUCGAAGGCCUUCGAAGGCAUGGUUGUUCCAGUCAAGAUGGGGCAUCUUCUGGUCCGGAAGACUGCCGCUUUUCGAUGGAGUGUUGAGCAUGCUGUGGCAGGGUGGACGGGUGCUCUUCUAGUAUCAAAAUGGGCUCAGUCCAUAGAACAGGACAAGAUAGCCGGGAUGCAGCCAAUUCAGAGCGAGCUGGAGCUAUUAGCCUUGAUCAGAGAGACUCUAGAUGAGGCCGAGUGCGAUAUCGGGGAGGGCACGACUCUUGCUGCCGGAAUCGCCAGGACGUGGGGCUGGUUUCUGUCAGACGUCUGGGUGUGGGGCAUUACGCCACGGAUGGGAGGAAUACUGAGCCAACUGGCCGAUGCGUAUCAAGACGCGUAUGAUGCCAGCUGCCGUAAACCUACCGGCGUGACGUACAACGCGGAAAAGACGGGUGGAAGUUUACAACAAAUCUCUUUGUUGCAAAACGUAUCCGAUGGAAUGGCAGUUGCCCUUAAAGAUCUGGAGUCGAAAGCACGGGGGGAGGUCCAAGUCUCCGCUCUCAGAGGCGGCGAGUUCACCCUCCCCAAGCGGUUCUUCGUUGCGGGGGUGUCUGAGGACGAGACCUCGCUUGUGCCAUCACUCUCUUUCCUCAUCUCGCAGAAUUCAUUCGAAGGGGGUCAUCGACGCAUUCUUUACGAUCUGGGCUUGAGACGGGAUAUUGGUCGCUAUUCUACGCCGAUACAAAACCACACAAAGAAUCGUCAGCCGAUGACCUUAUUACCGGACGUCCGACAGAGCCUGAUCGAUGGAGGUCUUGAUGUGGCAGCUAUCGACGAAGUUAUACUCAGCCACGUCCACUGGGACCAUAUUGGAACUCCUUCCGACUUUCCCAAUGCUCGCUUUCGACCACUAAGCCUAGGAUUUAUUGGCCUUGGGGCUAUGGGUUUGCCCAUGGCCUCCAAUCUCGUCGCCAAGGUGGCGAAGGGUUCUCAAACAUACGUCUACGAUAUCUCAGAGACCUCCAUGAAGAAACUCAUCGAUCAGGCAAAGAAUGCGGAUAUCACAGGGUGCAAGUCUCCGAGAGAAGUUUCACAAAAGGCUGACAUAGUUUUCACAAUGCUUCCAGAGGGCAGCCAUGUGAAAACCGUCUACUUGGACCCAGACACCGGGAUAUUGGGUCCUGAGCUGAAGUCCCGCUUGCUCAUCGAUUGCUCAACUAUCGACACGGAGACGUCCCAGCUGGUAUCAAACACUAUCAAAUCCCACUUUCCAUCCACAUUCUUCUGCGAUGCACCUGUAUCUGGCGGCACCCUCGGUGCGGAAGCCGCUACAUUGACUCUGAUGACUGGUUGCUCCGAAAAAAAUCCGAACUGGCCAGAAAUUCGCGACUUACUGGGUCUCAUGGGCAAGAAUAUCAUUGCAUGUGGCGGCCCAGGCUUGGGUCUUACGGCAAAGCUUUGCAACAACUACUGCUCGGCGCUCAUUUCACUUGCAACAUCCGAAGCCAUGAACAUCGGGAUGAGAGCGGGCAUCGAUCCUCGACUCCUCGCGCGCGUGUUCUCCAACAGUACUGCACAAAGCACGAUCUGCGACAAGUGGAAUCCUGUGCCUGGCAUCUGUCCAAAUGCCCCAGCAAGUCACGGGUAUCAAGGCGGCUUCAAGAUUCAGUUGAUGGCAAAAGACUUUGGCUUAGCUGUGUCUAUGGCGGAUAAGGUUGACGCAAAGUUGAUUCUUGGUGCUGUUGGCCUCAGAGCCUACAAGGAGGCGAGUCAAGAUUCCAAAUGUCGCGAUCUUGACUCUCGCGUGCUUUACAGAUACAUUGGAGGCAACGAGGAGUGGCAAGUUGAUUGA